CCAAUCAGAGCGCUAAGAGGAAUAUGUUGCGUUAAGUAAACGUUACCGGUUUGUUAUUGAAAUCCUGGUGAAAAGAUGAGUUUGUUUCUGCCUAAAUUGUCGUGUAAGAAGGAUGUAGAUGAAGUCAUUAAAACAGUUGCUGAGAAGGUGCUGGUGUUGCGCUUUGGACGAGAUGAAGACUCUGUUUGCAUGCAGCUGGACGAGAUUCUGUCAAAAACCUCCCAUGACCUGAGCAAUAUGACUUCUAUUUAUCUCGUGGAUGUGGAUCAAGUCCCAGUUUAUACCCGAUACUUUGACAUCAGUUAUAUUCCUUCAACUGUCUUCUUCUUCAAUGGGCAGCACAUGAAGGUCGAUUAUGGGUCUCCUGAUCAUACCAAGUUUGUCGGAUGCUUUAAAACAAAGCAGGACUUCAUUGAUCUUGUUGAGGUGAUCUAUCGCGGUGCCAUGAGAGGAAAGCUGAUUGUGCAAAGCCCUAUUGAUCCACGAAAUAUUCCUAAAUAUGAUCUGCUGUACCAUGGGAUUUAGCUAUAAUUAUUCCUCCACAGAUUUGGAGGCUGGGUUUGUGAAAUGUUGGUUAAAUUACAAUGGACAUGAAGACAAAAUUACUGAAGUGUUUAAUUGAGGUGUUUGCUUGUAUUUGUAAAUCAGAUAAAUACGUUUUAGUUGUUUCCUAUGGAAAUGCAUUCUAGCUUAGUUUUUAAAAAUGUUCUGUUAUUUCUACGUUACAUGUUUUCAUAUGUAUGAAUGAUACAGUACUCUUGCUGUUUGAAAAAUGUAAAGAAUCAGCAUUUGUAUAAAAAUCAGCAUUAAAAAUAAAAUC